AUGGCCCGCGGGGCUGGUACCAUCAAACCGAUUUCCGCCAUCACCAACCCUCUCCCGACGCAGAAGUUGAACAUAUAUGCAUUUGGUACUGGUGACAAUGCCGAGCUGGGCAUUGGGCCAGAGGUUAACGCAAAGGUUGUCAAGCGUCCCGGAUUGAAUGCCCAUCUCCUCCCCGAAAAGGUGGGAAUAGUUGCCGUUGCAAUGGGUGGUAUGCACGGCUUAGCCUUAUCGUACGAGGGGAAGGUGUACUCGUGGGGUGUCAAUGAUCAGUAUGCUCUUGGGAGAGCGACCACGCAUACACCUCUGACCCGGGUUGUGUGUUCUGGUGAUAAUGGCAACAGCGACUGUGACGACAAAGUGCCCUUGAAUCCAUUGGAGAGCACGCCAAUGCUGAUUACAGCGUUCCCAGAGGGGACUGUGAUUACGAGUAUUGCUGCCGGUGACAGUAUUUUGAUUGCUGUUACCGAAACCGGUAGGGUUUACGGAUGGGGAACAUUUAGGUGCGCCGACUGCAUUCUCAGAUUCAAUGAGAGGACUAGUGUACAGGAGGUUCCAGUCCUGCUACCUACGCCCAAGAGCAUCGUUCGGGUCAGUAUUAGUACUGAUCACGUCCUUGGCCUUACGAAGGAAGGAGACGUGUAUGCUUGGGGCAACGGUCAGCAAUCCCAGCUCGGAAGGCGUGUCUCUGAGAGACGUCGCCUCACCGGGCUGACCCCUCGCCAGGUGUCCCUUCGCCGGCGCAAGGUCAACUACGUUGCGGCCGGCUCAAAUCAUUCUUUCGCAAUUACCCGGGACGGCAGUCUCUGGGCAUGGGGGCUCAAUCAUAUAUGGGCAAUGUGGGAUAUGCGAGCCUCAGCGCACCGGGGAGCAUCGACUGUGAUUCCCGUUCCUACCGUCGUCCAGAGUCUUGCAGGGUACGCAAUCGUUCAGAUAUCUGCCGGAGAACAUCACUCAACCGCCCUGACCGAGAACGGUGUGCUCCUGGUCUGGGGACGUCUUGACAGUGGACAGCUCAGUAUAGACCCUGCGGCGCUUUCACCGGACGAUUGCGUCAGUGACUCGAGGGGCAACCCCCGCUACCUCAGGACCCCACAUACUGUCCCCGGCAUCAGGUUCUCCACCAUUGGUUGCGGCAUGGACCACAAUAUUGCCGUCUCGAUGGAGGGACAAGCAUACUCUUGGGGCUUUAGUGGCAGUUAUCAAACCGGCCUCGGCCCCGACGCCGAUGACGAGAUCACGACCCCUACAAAGAUUGAGAACACGGCCACCAGAGGUAUCAGGAUGACCUUCGCCGCUGCCGGUGUGCAGUUCUCCAUCCUCGCCGGAGUUCCCGCGGAUCCUCCUAAUGUCAAUGAUGCAGACACUAAUGAUGAGGAGGCGGUGGAGGAGGGAGGGGAUUAA